GCAAUUCUAUGGCUCCAGCAAACCUGAUUAUGCACAGCUCAGGGCCUCGACUCCUUCGAAUAUUGGCGCUACACCCGGCUUUCAACGCUGCUUCUACCACCUCACCAUCAGACCCAAACGGCAGCACCAUGGCCUUGUGGAUUGGUGACCUUGUUCAUGUUUUUGGUUGUUACGUCCGCUGGUGGUCUCCUUUGUGAAGGAGCUCACCAGUUUGGUGGUACUCGGUUGUUAUGUCCGCUGAUGGUCUCCUUUGCGAAGGAUCUCACCAGUCUGGUGGUACUCGGUGUUUCGUUCACAGGCAGUCUCUUUUUCGAAGGAGCUUGCCUGUUUCGUGUUCUUGGUUCCCAUUUCAUUGUUUUCAUGGGCUAAGGCUCGAGCAUCGCUGCAGGCACGCUGUUCUGCGAAAUAGCGGACCUCGUUUGUUGUGCUCACCUGAUGCUUGCGUUUCGUUCCUACAGUCUGUGGUUCUUUGUUUCUUGGUGGAUGAUUCGUACGCUCCCAUUGUGCUCGAUAUCUUCUCACUGCUACUGACCUGUAACUUUCCAUACACCCCAUGGUCCGUGUACCAUGUCUCACUUUCCCGUUACGUAUUUCUCAUUUGUUCACAUGUUCUUUCAUCGUCAUUACUGACGCACAUGUCUCAUGAGUUGUUUCAUAAUACUCCUUUGGACGGCAGUGAUUCCCAAAGGAGUCAUACACUGCACUGGAUUUUCGAGGUACACGUCAAUGCUAACUGUUUUCAUUCAAUUGUGUACCCUGCGAAGAGUCGCUACUCCGCGAGACGCACUCAACAGUGUGGUUACAAUGGUAUGAGCCUUCGCAGCCACAGCGCAUGGUUCGCCAUGUCAGGGCUGCGGACCCGGCCGUUCCUUAUUGGGACCUGGCGCCGAUAACAUCACCACCACCACCACCAUCUCCAGAUUUAGUGACGAAGU